AUGCUGCCUGAGCUAACCCCCGACACUGACAUGGCAAUGGAAAUCGAACAGCGCAGAGUCGACCCGCUAGUUCGGGGCGGCCAAGACGCUGAAACCACGGGGAAGACUGCGGAAGAGGUGGGCAGGAAACCCCGGAGCGUGGCAGCAUCGCCCGCCACAAGCGGGUUGACGUGUCCCGGGCCGCUGUGGAUCAGCGGGCACCCGGCACCGUCGCAAGACCCCCGGUCUGCUGCGCAGGCUUGUGAGCGCCGCGAUGCGGCAGCACCUGUCGUGAGUCUGUUUUUGUUGGGGGAAUCCGCGAGACGGGUGACGGGCAAGGCGACGGUUCUUGACUCUCUGGAUGAGCAGAAAGCUGCUGGUCUUGUUCUUGCCCGGCUCGCUGUCCCCCACAUCCCUAUCCCCCUCUGGCAAACAACACCCCGCCGCGCAUGGAUCUGGUAA